UAGGUCCAUUAUUCCCGCCUGCUUCCCUCGGAGCACUUCAGCGCCGCUCAGCUCCCGUGUGUGUGCGAGUGUGUGUGUGUAUAAACCGUGUGUGUGUGUGUAAGUGUGUGUGUGUAAGUGUGUGUGUGCCAGUUUGCAUUCGGACGCCAAGAAGACUUUGCCGUGUUUUCCACCGGGAAAGUGACUUUGGAUUUUGAAAGGUUUUGGACUUCUACCGGACUUAACUGGACUUUACCAAAGGACUACCUGGACCCGACAUGGACCAGAGGACUUGGUGACCUCUGUUGACCCUAGUUCUAGACCGUGGAUUUGCUCAGGUGGAUUUGGUUGUGAAGAGUUUAGGACGAGGGCACAAAUGGACAGGUGAGUCUCUCAUGUGGUCUGGGAGGUGAGAGAAAAGAAAAACUGGACCUUCGGACCCGACAGCUUGCAUGGGCGUGGUCUGAUCCAAACAUCGACCAUUACUGACCUGAGGCAGCCAGGAUGAUGAUGACGGCGGCCAUGGUGGUCACCUGCAGCUCGCUCUUCCUUCUGGGCUUGGCGGCCUCCUCUUCAUCAUCAUCUUCAUCAUCAUCAUCAAGCACGGUCACACGCUCUUCGUCCUCGCCUUCCUCCUCGCCACGCAUGAAACUCUCCUUCAAAGACUUGCAGCAGUUCCACGGCGUGAGGCGUUUCGAGUUGGAGCGCUCUUGUUGCUUCGGCGCUUUGCUCCUGGACGAAGAAAGAGGUCGUCUGUUUGUUGGAGCAAAGAACUUCCUGUUGUCGCUCUCGCUGGACAACAUCGCCAAACAGGAACAAAAGAUCUACUGGCCUGCACCUGUGGAGUGGAGAGAAGAAUGUAACUGGGCUGGUAAAGACAUCACUUCGGACUGCGUGAACUACGUGAAGAUGGUCCAUCACUGGAACCGCACACAUUUGUACGCGUGUGGCACGGGAGCCUUCCAUCCCACUUGUGCCUACGUGGAGGUGGGCCACAGGAUGGAGGACCAGGUGUUCAGGAUGGAUUCUUCCAGUGUGGAAGACGGCAAAGGCAAAAGUCCGUACGACCCUCGUCAUCAUUCUGCCUCCGUGCUGAUCGGCGACGAGUUGUAUGCGGGUGUAGCCACGGACUUGAUGGGGCGAGACUUUACCAUCUUCCGAAGUUUGGGCAGACGUCCUUCCAUCCGCACGGAGCAACACGACUCGCGUUGGCUCAACGAGCCAAAGUUUGUCGGCUCUUUUUGGGUUCCGGAGAGCGAGAACCCCGACGACGACAAAGUUUUCUUCUUCUUCCGGGAGACGGCAGUGGAGGGCCAAGGACUUGGAAAGUCUACGUACUCGCGCAUCGGACAACUGUGCAGGAACGACAUGGGCGGUCAGAGAAGUCUGGUGAACAAGUGGACCACCUUCCUCAAAACGCGUCUGAUCUGCUCGGUGCCGGGGGCCGACGGCGGCGACACCUACUUUGAUGAACUGCGCGACGUAUUUUUGCUGCAGACCAGGGACCGAAAGAAUCCUCUGGUCUACACAGUCUUCUCCACUUCCAGCAGUGUAUUUAAAGGCUCAGCGGUGUGUCUUUACUCCAUGAAUGACAUCCGGAGGGCCUUCCUGGGGCCUUUUGCUCACAAAGAGGGGCCCAACUACCAGUGGGUUCCCUUCCAGGGAAAAGUGCCUUAUCCACGCCCUGGAAUGUGUCCCAGCAAGACCUUUGGCAGCUUCGAGUCCACCAAAGGCUUCCCGGAUGACGUGAUCCAGUUCGCGCGACACCACCCUCUGAUGUACAACCCGGUCUAUCCCAUGACCAGACGGCCCGUCUUCGUCAGGACCAACGUGGACUACAGCUUCACGCAGAUCACCGUGGACAGAGUCAACGCCGCCGACGGGCAGUAUGACGUCAUGUUUAUCGGAACAGACAAAGGAACGGUACUGAAGGUGAUCAACGUUCCCAAGGAGAGUUGGAAGAACAUGGAGGAACUUCUGCUAGAAGAGCUGGAGGUGUUCAAGGAUGCUGCGUCCGUCACCGACAUGCAGAUCUCCUCCAAACGGCAACAACUGUACGUGGGCUCCAACGCGGGCAUCGCCCAGGUGCCCCUCCACCGCUGCAGCGUGUACGGGAAGGCGUGCGCCGAGUGCUGCCUGGCCAGGGACCCUUACUGCGCCUGGGACGGCACGUCCUGCACCCGCUACUUGCCCAACACCAAGAGACGAUUCCGUCGCCAGGAUGUGAGGAACGGAGACCCCAACACUUUGUGCUCUGGAGACCACCACAAGCACCACGUGGCUGAGAAGAAAGUGUACGGCGUGGAAGGAAGCAGCUCCUUCCUGGAGUGCAUCCCCAAGUCCCUGCAGGCCCGAGUCACCUGGACCUUCCACAGGCAGCGAGAUAAACCAAGAGAGGAGGUGCGUCUGGACGACCGCAUCCUGCAGAUGGACAGAGGCCUUCUGAUUCGGCGCGUGCUAAGAAGGGACAUGGGCGUGUACCAGUGCCACGCCAUGGAACACGGCUUCACCCAGACCAUGCUGGGCAUCACAUUAGACGUCAUCCAGUCCGCCUCCGCCAACCUGCCCUCCGCGGCCCCUUCCCGAGCGGAACCUCGCAGCUCAGGGGCCCCCCAGUCGGUUAACCCCAAGCUUUGGUAUCGGGACUUCAUGCAGCUCGUGGACCAUCCCAACCUCAGCACCGUAGACCAGAUUUGCGAGCAGGUCUGGGCCCGCCGGAAUCCCGCCGGUGAGCAAACGGAAAGGAAAGUUGUCGCUCGUGGGAAGCACCCGGCCACCCCUGGCCCCUCGGUCCGGCCCGCUAACAAGAAGUGGAAGCACCUUCAGGAGUUGAGGAAGGGGAGGAACCGCCGGACCCACGACGGAAAACAAAACCCUCGGACGCCGCGGAGUGCGGGAGAGUAAGUUUGGAGGAAUUCAAAGAAGAACUCAUUCGGUGAGGAUGAUAGAACUCGGAGUCGGAGCACCUCCGCCAUUGUGUAUAUUUAUCUACAGACUUCCUUGCAUGUGCUGUCCUACGUUGAUCCUGCACGAUCCUGUCACCGUGUCCUAGUCCAGUGUACGUACGCGCAGGUACUGUAAAAAAAAAGACACUCCUCCUUCGGUAGUUUAAAACAACUCUCGGAAAGAGCUGACCAGAUCUUCAGUCUGUUGUGACAUUCUUUAUAGUGUGAACUCUAUGCCACUAAAAGAUCCUGGAUCAACUUCACCCCUAAGGACUGGAGGGCAAGUGGUCCAGAACGUGACUGUCACACAACUGGAAUUGACGUGCGCGCACACACACAAGCAUGCGGAAAGAUGGACUACUUCGUACUCACAAGUCUUUCCUUUGUUGUUGUUGUUUUGUCUUACUGCGUAAAUGUAGCGCUUCCAGCAGGGGACACACUGACAACUUCCUUUUGGCACAAAACCAAAUCCACGACGCAAAGCAGUGGUGUUUGAAGAACAAAUCACACGUGACUGCUUGAUGUUGUGCCACCAGAUGAAACCACUACAAAAAACUACUGCUUGUUUAUGGUUCGUGUGAAAAUGAGGUGUUCAGUGUCGACAUGCAAAAAGCACAAAUAGAUUGUUAGCAUUAGGACCACGCUCAAAAUAAGAGUACAAAUAAAAUCAUGUUACCAAAUUACUCUAGUAUUCAGAGGAAAACAAGUAAUACAAGAACUGUUUUCGACAACUAACACUAUAACACUAACCAUAAUCGCCAAACUUCAACCUACACCCUAACCCAGGGGUAGGGAACCUAUGGCUCUAGAGCCAGAUGUUGCUCUUUUGAUGACUGCACCUGGCUCUCUGAUACAUUUUAGCUGACAUUGCUAAACACGGUAAGUAAUGAAUAAAUCCUCUGGUAAUCACAGUAUCAAAAAUAACGUUCAAAAUGUAAAACAUUCUCGUGCAUUUUCAUCCAUCCAUCCGGUUUCUACCGUACCUGUUCAAGAAGUCACAUUAAUGGUAAAAAGUAUUUUAUUUAUUUUUGGCUAGCCUCAGAAUACCAAUGUUAUUAAACAGAAUAACAGAAUUAUUAUACUCUAAAAAUGUUGGUCUUUCUUAAAAAUGCACGCAUAUAGUUGUAUUCAGUUUAAAAAAAAAAAAAAAAAAAGUGUAUGGCUCUCACGGAAAUACUUUUUAAAAUAUUUGGCUUGUAUGGCUCUCUCAGCCAAAAAGGUUCCCGACCCCUGCCCUAACCCCAACCCUAACAUCCCUAGUUCUAACCAGACCAGAGAUAAACCCAAAACCCAAAUCCUAAACCCCAAAAACCAAAACUUCACUCUUACCACAACCUUAACCCCCUUCUGACCUUAGUUCAAACCCCCCCACCCCCAAAAAAAGGGACGGCGUGGCGCAGUGGUAGAGUGACUGUGCGCAACCCGAGGGUCCCUGGUUCAAUCCCCACCUAGUACCAACCUCGUCACGUCCGUUGUGUCCUGAGCAAGACAUUUCACCCUUGCUCCUGAUGGGUGCUGGUUAGCGCCUUGCAUGACAGCUCCCUCCAUCAGUGUGUGAAUGUGUGUGUGAAUGGGUAAAUGUGGAAGUAGUGUCAAAGCGCUUUGAGUACCCUGAAGGUAGAAAAGCGCUAUACAAGUACAACCCAUUUAUCAUUUAAAAAACACUAACCAUCCCUAAUCCUAACCCUAACCAAAAUCAUGACCCAAAAUCCUAGCCCACAACACCCUAACCCUACAUUGAACCCCACAGCAGUAACAUCGCUAGCUCUAACCCCAGUUAAAACACUAACCAGGACUACUGUAUAAUACAACACUAAUCCUAGCUCUAAACCAGAAUCCCAAUCUCCCAAUUAACCUUGCCAGAAAUCUAAGCAACUUCAGAUUCUAGAUACAAUACAAAAAUCAAGCACUAACGAUCCUAAUCCCAACUGCAAACUGAACCCAAAUCAUGACCCCUAACCUCAUCCAAAACCAAAGCCCUAGUCCAAAACACCCAAACCCUGGAUUGAACCCCAAAGCAAUAAUCACAACCCUAACAUCUCUAGUCCUUACCCCACUUAAAACCCUAUCGAGAACUAUAACACAACAUCAAAUACAAACCUGAAUCCCCAAUAGUGAAAACCAACUCGUGCUACAAAUCUACUCCAAAACUGUGGCAAAAACUAGUCUUAAUCCAAAUCAUGACCCGACUCUCUUUCAUAGCUAAUACCCUAGCCCAAAACACCCAAGCCCAAAUCAUGACCUUAAACAUUUGACCCCAUUUAAAACCCUAACACUAAUCCAGGCCCUAAAACCGAAUCUCCAAUAACCAAAACCCUUCACCUUGCUACCAACCCUAACCCAACCUCCAGUAAAAAAAAACUCACGUCUAUUUUCUCAGAUGUGUACUUUUCAGCAUGGUGCUGAUUCAAUAUGAACAUUAAAUAUUGGGAACUUUACCUUCCAUGGUUUCUGACACGGACAAUGAUACUUCAAAACACGGUACUGGACUAUAGUACAUUAGCUACAUUAACUGUAAUAUUAUUGUUAUUAUAUUUAUGAGUGUGACUAUGAUUUUAUUGUCAUUUGUAUUCCAAAGCGGUACGACAUGGCCUGGCUCAUGUUCUGAUGUUGUUUGUGAUGAAUAAAAAGUAUGCAAAUGA